AUGGCAACUUCUUUUACCAAGAAACCCUCGAAAGUAUCAAAAGUAUCAAAAGUAGCGACUCUUCCAGCUCCAUGUUUACUUUCAAUCUUUGAGAACUUUUCUAUGUAUGAACUAAGAUCACAAAGAAGUCUUGUAUUAGUUAACCGACAUUGGUGCGAUAUUCUUACACCUGAAUUAUGGAGGGAUCCAUUUGAAAUGUAUUCGAGUAUCGUGAAAUGGGGCAAAAAAUAUCUUAAAAAGAAGACAAGUAAAGAAUCAACCAGACUUUUUGUAUAUAAAGUUAUUAUUCAAAAUUUCAUUUGUAAUUCCACAAACAUAAAAGAACUUACUAUUGGUGGAGAGAACGAUAUUCCUUGUUUAAAUAUUUAUAAUUUUCCUCAAGCGAUUAAUUCUUUAUCAUCGAUUCGAUCUCUUAAAGUAGAAACAGGUACUUUACAUCGAGAAUGGCAUGACGAACUUUCUAAUAUUCUUAAUUCCGCAUCAAAUGUUUCUACUAAUAUUGAAAAUUUAAAAAUCAUUAUGAAUUCCGAAAAGAAUGUAGAAUUUCUGGCUCAAAUUAUAAAAUCACAAAAGGAAUUAAAAAAGAUUACAAUUGAAUGUUUUGAAAUGAAUUUUCAAUAUAUUUGGGAUAGUGUUAUUGAUUAUCAACAAAAUAAUUUAGUGAAAUUAUAUUUGGAAUUUAUAAAUUUCUCCGAACAAUUACCAUUCAAUUUAGAUUCAAUAAAGGUUUUUGAUAAUCUGGAAAUUUUGAAAAUAAUUCAUUGUGAAAAUUUUGAUUUCAAGGAGAAUAAUUUAUAUCGAUUUCCAAAUGCAUUUAAGAAGAUAAGAAAAGUUACAAUUGAAAAUUGUAUAGGAAUUCCUUCGAAAUUUUUGAAAUCUUUAUUAUAUCGGUCGAGUGGUAAUCUAAAAGAUCUCAGGGUUAGUGGAUUACCAUGUUUCGCCGAGGUAUUACAAUCAUGUAUUGAACAUUGUCAUGAAGGAAACGAAUUGUUAGAAAAAAUUUCAAAAGUUGUUCCCCCUCAUUUAACUACUUUCCUUUCUCGUCUUGAUUGGUGGUUUACUCCCGAAUCUCUCAAGAAAUUCCUUCAAAACUCAAAUUCAAAAAAUUUAACUACUUUGGGAUUCUCAAGAUGCAAAUCUUUUUCUCAUAAACAUUUAAAUGUAGUACUUAAAUAUUGUAGUGGUGGUGGAGGACGAUGUUUAAAAAAAUUAGAUUUAUGUAUAAGUAAAAAUAUAUCUAAAGAAGAUAUAGAUAAAGCAAGGAGAUUUAUUAAAGAACUUACCUUUUCUGAGGAUAAACCUGAUUUUCACGAAGAAUAUCAAGAUUAUUUAUGGGAAGUUGAAAUGGAUGAUAAAUUAGAAGAUGAUGAUUAUUUGGAUUUCGGAGGUGAGGAGGCUUUGAUUAGAGAAUUUUAUGAUACUGAUAUUUCCAAAUAUUCAACUUUUUAUGAAAGCAAUCAAAACAAUCAAGAUUCAAAGAUGACAAAAUUACGACAUUAA